AUGUUUCAAGAGAAAGAUGUUGGAGAGCCGAAAAGAUGGGGAUGUCUGGUCGCGGUUUUCGCUAUUGUGAGUCAUGUGCCUCGAUGUAAAAAUUGUUUUUUUUUUGUGUUUCAGGUGACUAUCGUCAAUAUCACAGCGGUUAUUGUGAUCCGCGGUGUUUUGGAUACUGAGGAUGAGUUUGACAAUCCAAUUGUUCAAGGUUUGAAAUCAAAAAUUGUUCAAAAACGAGUACAUUUCGUUUUCCAGGAGAACUUCGCAAUCAGCUGACAGCUUUUCUUGGAAUCUUCACAAUGACCUUCUUUUUCUGCUGUUGCGGAUGCUUUUGUUGCGGUUGCGCUUGUUGCAAGUCAGUUACUUUUCCAGAAAACUUUUAAAAUAAUCCCUAUCGCAGAUGGUGCUUCUUCAAAUUCCCCUACGGUAUUUCUCGACUAUGGCGUGCGAUUCCCACUCUUUUUGUGAACAACAUGGACCACUUCCCGAUCAAUAAGUUCAAAGACCAAGGUACCCGGUUGAAAUGAAGAAGGAUCAAAAAGUUUCCAGUUCAGAAGAAGUCGCUCCGCACGAAGAUCACGUCACCACCGCGAGGGGUGUAUUAUCAAAGAAGAUGGAUGAUCAGCAAUCCGACAGAUGUGCUUACGAAAAUACCGGUUAUCAGGAUGUCAUGGAGGUAGGGCAGAAUGAUGUUUUUGACACUUUCCUCCUUUUCUUUUCCUCUUCAGAUGGAUCAUCUUCCCCAGCCGCGUCUCAUUCUUCCACCAACAGCAAAUGGCCGUUUUCGCUCGCAAAGUAUCGACAUUGCUGCAAUUGUUUGA